AUGUCAGAUCGGACCAGAGACAUGGCUGGCUCAGGACUCUUCGACUGUCGGGGCAGCUGGACUCUGUCAUUGCUGCUGGCCUAUCUCUGCUACCUGCUGCUAGGUGCUUCUAUCUUCCAGCUGCUGGAGAAGCAGGCAGAAGCUCAGUCGCGAAACCAAUUCCAGAUAGAGAAGCUCCAAUUCCUAGAAAACUACACCUGUCUGGAUCAGUAUGCCCUGGAACAGUUUGUGCAGGUCAUUAUGGAAGCCUGGGAGAAAGGCGUGAACCCAACUGGCAACUCCACCAACCCCAGCAACUGGGACUUCAGCAACAGCUUUUUCUUUGCAGGGAUGGUUGUCACCACCAUAGGCUAUGGAAACCUGUCCCCCAGCACAGAAGCAGGUCAGAUUUUCUGCAUCUUCUAUGCUCUAUUUGGGAUCCCACUCAAUGUGGUGUUCCUCAAUCAUCUGGGAACAGGACUAAGGUCUCACCUAGCCACAAUGGAGACUUGGGGGCAUCGACCAAGACACUACCAGGUGGUACAGACCCUGGGCCUUGCUCUGUUCCUGACUGUGGGGACCUUUCUCCUCCUCAUCUUUCCCCCCAUGGUCUUCAGCCACGUGGAGGGCUGGAGCUAUGGUGAGGGCUUCUAUUUUGCCUUCAUCACGCUCAGCACUAUUGGCUUUGGGGACUAUGUUGUAGGCACGGACCCUGACAAGCACUACAUCUCUGUGUACAGGAGUCUAGCUGCUGUCUGGAUCAUCCUGGGCCUGGCCUGGCUAGCCUUAAUGCUACCCCUGGGCCCCAUGGUCCUGCACCAACUCAUGCACCUCUGGCCACUGAGCAGGGAUCUAAGCUCUAAGAAGGAAAUGACUCCUGAGGCUGAUGGGCUUCCUCACAGCACCAAGCUUCCAAUAGCCAUAUAA